AGAAUUUUGGUCCAAGCCACGAGUUCCGCCCCCAAAGGUGUGCCCAUGUCGGAGCUGACUCUGCCCAGAGCCCAACAGGUGCAAACAGUGCAGCACGUCUACCCAGCCGAAGUCCAGUAUAUCGAGGGAGGAGAGGCCGUCUACGCCAACGGGACCCUGCGCGCCACCUACGCCUACAACACGGAGGCCCAGAUUUACGCACCGGGCAGCGCCACGGCCUACUUCGAGCCGCAAGGAGGCAGCGCUCAGGUGAGCCCGGGGGCUUCCUCCUCCCCCACCGCCAUCCCCUCCCAUGGCAUGGUGGGCCUCGCCCUGGACAGCACGGGCACCAGCCAGAUCGUCACCAGCUCCGGCACCUAUCUCAUCCAUGGCGGGUUGGAGAAUGCCCGGCACACGUUGUCGCACACCUCCCGCUCCUCUCCGGCCACGCUCGAAAUGGCCAUUGAGAACCUCCAAAAAAACGAAGGCAUUACGUCGCACAAAAGCACCCUGCUGAACAGCCAU